AUGAAUAUGAAUAUAUCAUAUUUAAUAUUUGCUCUUUGUGUUUUACAAUGGCCCAUGCGAGUGGUGGCAUCAGCUAUUAGUGCAGCGGCCAGCAACAGUAAAGCUGCAUAUGCGAGAACUGAUGACAAAGGUCAGGAGGUGUCUUCUAGUAUAUUGGGUUCACUAUAUCACAAAAGUCGACAAUCUAGAUGUGUAACAUGUUAUGAAGACAGGCGAUAUGGAGAUGAUCGUAGCCGUAAUUAUGGUAGUUAUGCUGCCAGAUCGGGUGAUGAUCGUGCAAGUAGUUGGUAUUAUCCCAGCUAUGAUCGUUACGAUGAUCGCGGUUAUCGUGGCGGUGAAUAUGAUAAAUAUGGAGCAGCUGGAGCCGACCGUUAUGGUGCUGAUCGCUAUGGUGCUGCUGAUCGCUAUGCUAGUGCUGAUCGCUAUGGUUCUGCUGAUCGCUAUGGUGCUGCUGAUAGAUAUGGUGCCGAUAGGUAUGCACCUAGUGACCGCUAUGCUGGUUAUAGGGAUGAUCGUUAUGCCGCUCGACCAGCUUACGAUCGUUAUGAUACCCGCACACGUGGUCCCUAUGAAAGACCAGCAGCAGCUGCUUAUGAUCGUGGUGAAAGUCGAGGUUAUGGUUAUGAUAACCGUGAUCGUUAUUAUGGUGCUGAUCGUGGUACAAGUGAUCAUUACGGCAGAGAUCGCUACUAUGAACGUCCAAGAUAUGGUGCUGCUGCUGGUGCCGGAGCUUCGGCUGGUUAUGGCGGCUAUGAUCGUGACUAUGAUCGUUAUUCUCCAAGGUAUGAUUUUCGCCGUUAUCGUCCUUGGGAUGACACAUACAGAGGACAGUCCGGUUAUGAUAGUUCUGGUCGUGGUCAUUAUUAUGCCAAAGGAACACAAGAGGAUCGUCAUUAUUUACCCGAACCUGGGUACAAUUCACCUGCCAUUUCACCCUGUGGUGUCAGAAAACCUAAUUGCCCAUACAGUCCUCAAGAGGGAGGAACUCGUGUAACUUCAGGAACCAUUGACAGUGGCAAAUAUAAUGUGGGUGUUUCACAGACAACCUACAACACAAAUUCGAAUACAAAUCGUAAUGAGAGUUCGAAAGGUUCGGGUUCGCCUGGCGGUUGGUCAUAUAUGAGAGAAGAUGAGCAACCCCCCAGAGGUGGUAGUAAUAGUGAUAGUAAUGCUAGUAAUAGUAAUAAUAACAAUAGGGACAGGAAUAGAGAUCAACAAAGCUCUGCCUACGGUGCUUUAUUAGAUCGUGGUACUAAUCUCAUUGCCGUGGAACCAGCUAAAUCAAAUGAAAAUGCUAACGACUCAAUGGCAACCAGUGACCAGCAAAAGGAUAAAAAUGGUGAUGGAACUCCAAAACAGAGUGAAAAUGGACAAAAUUCUUAAAGUUGUUCGGGGAAUAUCUAUAAAUGUUCCUGUUCUAAGAAUGUAACUACUGAUUAAAAGGAAAUUUAAAGCAAAAGGAGAA